AUGGAAUGUUGGCCCCACAUGGUGGUCCUUGUGAUAUCAUCAUCAUCAAUGUUGCAAUAUUCAGGUGUUGUUGAUGCACAAGGAGCCAUAACAACAAACCCUGCUCCUUUAGGAAUCACAUUCACCACCUUCAAGGACAACCUCAAGGCAACAAUGAGUAUCAUGCUGCUAGCCUUCUUCUCCGUCUUCCUCAUCAUGGGCUUCAUCUCCCUCUACCUCCGCCACUGCUCCUACGCCUACGGCGGCGGCGCCCGAAGCCCAAUCACCACCGCGGCUGACCUCUGCUCCCGUGGCAUCAACCGCCAGCUCAUCGACAAGUGCCCUGUCCUCGCCGUGAAGGACCUCAGAAUCGGAGAGGGUGGCAGCUGCAUCGAGUGCGCCGUGUGCCUCGCCGAGUUCCAAGACGGCGACAGCAUCCGCUUGCUCCCGAAAUGCCACCACGUUUUCCACCCUGAUUGCAUCGAUUCGUGGUUGCUCUCUCACAUGAGCUGUCCCGUUUGUCGCGCCACGCUCACCUCCGAUGAUGUUCCCGACGACAUUGUCAUCAUCCCCAUCUCCGACACCACCACAACCACCACCGCCACCGCCACGGAACCUGAACCACCGGCUAACGGAAGUAGCAGUAGCACUAUUAGUAGCAGCGUUACGGUUACAGAGAUAGAGGAAGUUGUAACGGCACCUGAAGAAGAAGGUGAAGGUGAGAUCAGCAAUAGUAUUGUUUUUCUUGCACGCGAAUCGAGAAUGAUGGUGAGGUCACAUUCAACUGGUCACUCUUUGGUGGGGCCCGAGGAGAAGGUUAAGGUGUGGGACAGGUACAUGUUAAGGUUGCCAGAGCAUGUGAGGAGGAAACGGAUUCUUCGUGAGAAUGCGGUUUUUCCGGGUGAGUGGAGUGCGAAGAGAGCAUGGGAAGGAGGUGGUGGAAUUGGUAAUAACAAUGUUGAACGGUGGUGGUGGUCUUUGUCGAUGACUCCACCUUUGGGAUUUCGUUCGGGUGGCGGCACUAGUGGAGGCGAUUGUAACGGUGGUAAUUUUUUAGGGGCAUGUUGGACGCCAGUUAGAGUAUCUCCAAUUCAAGGUUCUUAG